UUCGGGUAUUGGUAUAUGCCCGUGAAGAGUUGACGGUGAAAAAGUGCCGACGGUUGAAAUUUGACGAUGUCGGCGGGCCCCUUGAAUACGAACGAGAAGGCGCACAAGCUCGUCACCGAAGACAAGGUCCGGGCUGCUCUUCUGAAAGAUGAAGGCCCAGACGCCAAGUACAAAUCUUUCAACAUAGUAGACUUCUGCACCAAAGGAGAUAACUAUGCGUGUUUUGUCACCAGUGUCGAGGUAGAGUACCAGCUGGGUGGGGUAGACAAGAAAGUCACUUACAUCGCCAAACUCAACCAUUGUCAUGGAACCGGUUCUUUAGAAUUCUUUUCAGACCUUGUUUUCAUCAAGGAAGGUAAAUUUUAUCUAGAAAUGAUUCCUGAUUUGAACAAAAUGAUCAAUGGUUUUGGCUUGCCACCGUUAAAGUUUGCCCCCUGCCACCUGGCUUCAUUUGAACCCACGAGACAAAUCAUUUUGCUCGGUGACAUGAGGGAGCAUUCCUUCAAGAUGGCUAACAGAUUUAUUGGCCUUGACGAAAACCAUGCGAUUUUGGUCGUCAAAGAGCUUGCUCGUUUGCAUGCCAGCUCCAUGGUUCUCGAAGAUAGUUUGGGAAGUGAAAAGUUUAGUGAGAAAUACGAUUUUCUCGACGAUUUAUUUACGAGUAAUAAACAUGAUGAUCAGUUAGCAAUGUUCAAGUCCAUGUUUGUCCAUUCAAUUACAAAUGCUGCCAAGAUUUCGGAGCGCAUCAAAGGAUACGAGAAAGUGACUGCGUGGUUGAAGGAAUUGGCGCCGAAAAGCUCCGAAAUACUAAAGCAAGAGAGCAGCGAAUGUCACCCAUCGUUCCUUGUAGUCAACCACGGCGACUGUUGGAACAACAACCUACUCUUCAGCUACUCUGACGAUGGUGCCGUUAAGGACGUUUGCCUCCUGGACCUCCAGAUCAACCGCCACGCUUCGCUUGCGCUCGAUUUAAACUACUUCCUCUUCACGAGCCUGAACGGCGACACGAGGAAGAAAGGCCUGACUGCCUUCCUAACCUCCUACUACGACUCAUUCAAGGAGGUCUUCAGUGCCGCCGACAAGCCCAUGAAGUUCACAUUCGAGGAGCUAGUCGCUGAGUACCGCAAGAAGCAUCUUUUUGGUCUCAUGAUAGCUCUCAUGGCUCUGCCCAUCAUUGUUAUGGAGUCUGCGAACGCACCCGAUUUUCAAGACAUGAGUGAAGAUAACAUUGCCGAGAAAAUGGAGGAACAACAACGAAAAAUUCUGGACAUGGUUGAAACAAGUCCCGCUCUUCGGCCACGACUGCUUAGCCUGUUUGAUGAGCUUGUGGAGUUGGGAGUCAUCAAUAUAACUUAGAUUACAUAGCGAAAAUAAAACGUUAAUCUAACAUCGUGGAGGUUUUAUACUUGAAAACUGUUUAAAAUCUAUAUUUACUUUGAUUAUAUUACUUCAUUCGUCUAAGUUUGCACUGUUUUGUGGGUUUUGUAUCUGUCCGAAACUGUGCAUUAGUUAUCUGUGUUAGCACGUUACAAUAUUGUGCGCAUUGUGAGGCAUAAAGAGGGAGUAUUUGUAAAGUUUCCUGGUCAGGCAUUAGGUCUUUAAUUCUUACAUCAGGGACAUAUGAGAUAAAACCAAAGUGAUAUCUCCUGAUAACUCAAAUAGAUUGUAGCUCGGACCAUAUUGUAGUUGGUCAUAUUAGAGUUCUAAUGCUCGUGCAUUGAGUGAAUUUUGGAUUUGGCAUAAAACUUAGCGAAUCCAUGUUUGCUUUGCCUCGUCUCAAAUCUCUGCAAGCCAGCGGUGGCAUCUUUAUAACCCAAAUUUAGUCCUCGGCUCAAACAUAGAGCAAGACUUAAAAAUGACCAUUACUGGACAGAGGAGGAAUUUUAAGAAUUUGUUCAGAGCAAAACGAGCUCAAUGCGGCCAUAAAUGCAGGAAAACAUGAAACACAGUUUUAUCAUUUGGUGCCAGUUGUUUUCCCUCUGUAUUCGAAUAAGGAGACGGGAAGCAACAACACUUGUAUUAUUGGUUUGUAAGCCCUCUGCUAGUUUAUGAUAUUUUUUUAGAUUAUCGGAACCACUGCCGAAAUUAAAGGCAACCAACAUAUGACCACAACUGAAUAAAUCAUUAUUCAGCAUCAAUUAUUGUGCUUGGACAAGAAGUA